AUGACAAAUCCCGUCAAAAUCUAUGCUGCUGAGGAAAAAAGCAAGUUGCAAGGCCAAAUCCCCCAUCCUCCUAUAAAUACCCCUUCUCCCACCAAUUUAAAACUUUCCUUCUUCUCUCCUCUCUCUCGUUUGGGCACUUUGAAACUUCCAGCCCAACCCAGAAGAGGCAAUAUGAUUGAUGCCAGUUGACUUUUAUGGUCACACCAUCAAAGCAAGCUCAUUACGACAGCGUAUACUGGGAUGUCUGACCAAGAUUGAUUAAAAUUUUGUUUAUUAGCUUCUUUUUUUUUUUUUUAAUUAAAUAUGAAUGAUCAUCAUCUGUUUAGGUGUCUUGAAGAGGGUCUCUUUAUCAAUCAUGGUUUUAUGUGUCCUUCCUCUCAAGGGGGAAGGAUCAGAAUGCAUAGAGAUAGGUCUACAACUGUUUGUGGACCAGAAUAUCUUUGUGCUUACCUCGAUCAUAUUAGCUGAACUGUGGUUUGUAAUCUUUUCAUUGAUUUUGUUGCUGGUAUACCUGUUCGUUGCUUUGCUAUCUUAAGAUUCGGGCAGGUGUCUUAUUUGUUAACUUUGAUGCGUUGCCUUCUCAUGCUUUUUAUUAUGCCAAGUUGUACUGCUCCAUUUGUAAACAUUGUUUUCUCCAGUUUUGUGACUGUUAAAGAUUUUUACCUUCCCAUAUCUAAAUAACCAUCAAGAAGAUAUUGUUUGAUGUUUCCGUUCUUCACUAGAAAAUUUGUGAAUAAUCAUGUAAACGUUUUGUGCGCCACUCGUGUCAUAUGUCAAUUAACUAAAUGUCUUUAUUUUCGCCGUUCACUGGGGCAGAGUACAUUAAAUGUGGUGUAAAAAUUAGAAAUCCGCAGUUUGGUCAGUCCAGGCUGGAUACGAGUGGUUUAUGAUUAGCAAUUAAAGCUCUAUAAUGGUCUAUAAUAUGCGCAUUCUGAAAUCUCUUUUAAUCCUUUGGGCGCGUCUCAUUUGUGUUCUCUUUUUGAUGCAGAGUGAGGCUUACUUCCAAACCUAGAGGCUCUGCGAUCUUUGUCUUUUGGGACUGGAUCGCAGAUUAAUUUCGAAACUCUGUCCUUUGUAUAAAGGGAAUGGUUUAUAAAUUUCGAGAAGAUGGAAGUCGAUGCCGGAAGUUGCCUUUUCCUUGAGAAGAAAUCCUUUGAAGGAUUUGUAACUAAUAAUGACUCUAAAAAGCCUGUAGAGAACAACCCAAAUGCUCCUGUAUAUGUUAAUCAUGCUGCAAAUGCAUGGCAUGAGAACAGAAAAAAAUGGACAGGAGAUCUGCAUCAGAAAGCAAAAAGGGUAGAGAAGGAUCCAAUUAUAAGGCUAUCUGCAAGGGGUGCAGAUCUGCAGUGUGCCACCAACUAUCUAGCAUACAGGCUGUAAUUUUCAUUGAAGAUUUUCUCUAAGCUUCCCUGAGACCCUGAUGAUUGAUUGUUACAGGCAAAAAUUUGGCCACAGUUGAUUAGUUCAAAUAAGGAAAUACAAUGUUGUACUGAUUUCUUGUUACACCGGUGGUAUUGUACCAUGGAUGCUGUAUCUAAGCGGAUUAGUGUGGCUCUACAUAACAUAAAAAUGAAAGUUAACCUUAGAGAUACUAGCUUAUGUGUUAAUUCUAAUGUGAUGCAUUUUAAUGGGUUUCGGCUUUGAUUCAUUGUAUGGAAAGAUGGAACUUAGUUUCUGUAAAGAUAAAGUUUUCCACCUUAGCACCAGAAACAAUGAAAUUAAUCAGAGCAGAAUGCAUGUAUGCAUGCAUGUGCUGCAUCUUAAAAUAUGUAUUUAUUUUGGACAUAGGAGAUGUACUUUAAAUGUGUGGCAUGAUGAGAUUUGUUAGAACUGUGAUGAAAUAGAUAAUCUGAUUAAUUACCGUACCUGUUGUCACAAUCAUGAUACAUUGAUGGCAAUGAUGCCUGUGUCUGUUCAUCAUGAUGGAAAUAGGUGUGGUACAUUUUUCAAUCUGUUUUCAAACUUGGUGUAAUAGACCAUUAAUGACCUGUGCAAUGUGAAGAAUCAUCUUCCUGCGUAAAACUUGGGAUUAUCUAAAGCAACAGUAUCUGCUAUUUCUUCAGGUGUUCGCAUAAAUAACUAUCAGCUCUUCUUGUUGGUUGUAGUGCUGUCCUGAUUCCUGAGAUGUUGCUUUUGAAUUAAGUUUGACAGUUUGUAGAGAAAUUUGAUAAUAUAUUUUGCAUUGCAGCUGGUCAACGACAUAUGAAGAUCUGUUGUCCACAAAUGAGCCAUUUCAUGAACGGAUUCCAUUAUCUGUAAGCAUAACACUAUGUUAUCUUUUAGAUGUAUUGUUAAUUACAGUGUCACAAUUUUCAUACUAAAUGACCCAAAGUGCUUCUUUUUCUUACUGUGCUAAUGUAAAUUGGAUUGAUAUUUGGAAUUUUUGCAGGAAAUGGUAGACUUUUUAGUCGACAUAUGGCUCGAUGAGGGGCUUUUUGACUAGACAUAAUGCUGCCAAUUAGUUCACUUAUCUGGGUAGUUUCUUCUUUGGAUAACCCAUGAUUAGCUUCGGAAGGGAAAAGCAAGACAAUUGACUUUUCCUGAAUUUAUCAUAGUAUCAAUUAUUUAUAGGAAACCCCUAUCAUUGUUGAUCUUUUAGAGCUUCAAAUGCACACAAUUUGUAUUAGUGCAGCUUCUAGAGGAUCACAUGUAUACUUUAUCAUCGGGAGAGAUGAAUGUGUAGGCAUUAUUGAAAAGAUGGUCCAUAAUGUUGAUUAGCAAAGCUAAAUCGUGUUACGACAGCUGCUAUUGUAUUGAAUGCCACAUCUUGCUGCCGAUGUCCCUAAAAGUGGGCGAACUGUUGGACGUUGCAAGUGUUAGAGCUGAUGUGUUUGGUUACUUCGUCGGUCUCAAAAUUAUUAUCUCAUGUGAGUUUUUAUUUUUAUUACAAAUUGGAAACUCAAAUUAUUAUUCAAUUGUACUAAAAAUGAAAACUCAAAUUGGAUAAUAAUUUCGGAACGGAGCGAGUAGAUGGUUGAGUUAAAACAAAGUGUUACGUUCCUAAAAAUACUCUUGUUGGUCUAAAUGUAGUUCUCCUUCCAUAUUAGCAAAUUGAAUAAGCCCAUGAAAAUGUUCUUUUCUGAAAGAAAUUAUCCUAGAAUGUGAGGAAAACGAAAUAAAGAAGAAAGCAAGUUGGAAUGGUUAUUCAUGUGAGAGAGGUCGGGAAACUUUAACAGAAAUACUAACAAUGUGGAUAAGUUUUUCUAAAUUUAGGUUGCUUCUGCAACUAGUCUAUUGUUUACGCUUUGAAAUCUUCCUUGAUCAGCUGUUGCUUUGCAACCAAGCUAAUUUAAGAUUCCUUGACAAUCACCACUCACAAGAUGCCUUUUGUGACG